CUGACAAUUGAAUCCGUGCUGAAUCCAACCUUAAUUUGCGUAUUUGCGAUUUCUGGUCGAAGUUUUUUAAUAUCUCAUGAUAUUCCAACUCCAACAAUUAUUAACAAUUAAGAAAUAACACUCUUCGAAGUAAGAUCACGUGUAGGAUUCAGUAUGUACAGUGUGUGAAAAUCAAAAAGAUUGAUUCUCGUUCCGAACAUCGUGAGGCAGUUCAGUUAGAGAUUAAAGUAUUUGAAGUAUCCAUAAAGUUGCAGCUGCUGUCUUUGAUAAUGGAAGUUUCACAAGCCUGGUGUGGUUAAAUACUAACAUUUUACCCUAUUACACGAGUAUCCAACAUGGUAGAAUGAGCUGGUUAUCUAGAAAUAUUUCAAAAUUCUCCAUAUCGGCAAAGGACACAUAAUCUGAUGGAUCUGUCAAUGCCAGAAUCUGGGUCAACAUGAUGGCUGCCAAGCCUACAAAAACCCCAGUGAUGGUUGUACAAGAGCUAAGCGUAAAAAAGAACCUUCCUCCUCCGAUAUAUGACCUCAUAGUCAACAAUAUGGGUACACACCAAAAUAGAUUUGAUUACCAAGUAACCCUUGAUGGCAUACAAGCGAUAGGUACAGGCACGUCAAAGCAAAUCAGUAAGCAUAAUGCUGCUCACAAUUUGCUGAUGAAGCUGAAGGAAUUGAAUAGGUACAAUCCUGAGGAGGACCCAGUACAAGAAUUUACUAGGGAUGUAAAAAAUGCCAAGGUCGCAGAGCAUACUAGAGAAAAUCUAGUACCUUCUUUGGGAUUGAACUUUAUAGGGCCACUAAAGGACUUUUGCUUGCAGCAGAAAAUCCAUGAUCCAGAAUUUACCUUAAUAUCUGAGGUUGGACCACCACACAAUAAGGAGUUUACAUUUGAAUGUAAACUAGGCUCAAUCAUAACUAGAGCAACUGCCGCAACUAAAAAAAUGGCCAAGCAACUUGCAGCUAAGGACAUGUUUGACAGGUUAAAAGAGGUGCUACCAACGAUCUUAGAAGAAUAUAAUAGAUCCCAAGAAGAACAUCAAAAAUGUAUCACCUCUACAUCAACACAAGUUUUGAAUAAAUUCAACCAACUUUAUGGUGGUACAGUUUUCAACAAAACUGUUAAAGUAGAAGAGUAUCCUAUGACAUUACUAAAUUUGAUGGUUGAAAGAGAAAAAAACAUCGCAGACUUUGAGAAAAACUUGAAACACCAUAUGCUUUUAAAGGGCAAUGAAAUAGCCAUACAAUCGAUUCAGAAUGUGUGGCAGUAUAUGACCGAAUUGAUAGAGGUUCGAUUCCCAGAAUUAGAUCUGAGCAUUAGUCAGGACUUAGAAGAAAGAUCAGAAGAGUCCCUAAAAAGAAUCCUAGAUGCCUUGGAUGUGAAGCUAGUACCACUUGUAUUACAGGAAGAGCCUUUCAUUGUCUCGUUGAGUGUAACAAUAGACACUCCGUUAACAGUGAUUGGAAUAGGUGACACCCUUGAGAAGGCUCGUGUAAAGGCAAUACAAGAUUUGUUUACAAUUAUAGAUUAUUUUAUGAGGUUAUAAUGUUCUUAACCAUUAUAAGGCAGGCCUAAAACCUCGCGUUCGUGGGAGACAUUUUCCAACUCAUAAUAAUCACAUUGUUUGUGACACUAACGUUUCCAAGUAUAUACAUAGUACAUAGACGAACAUAACGAAUUCUUAUAGAUGAUGAUGUUAUAAUUUAAAACCAGUCAGCUUUUUAUAUUCAAUGUUUCAAAAAGCCUAAAGAAUUGUAUUUUGUCUACAAAACUUGGUAACAUAUUCGCUCCGGGUGAAGAGGUGUCCAACAAACGUAAUUAUGAAAAAAUCUUGCUGGCAAAAUGUUCCCAUAAAUGUGAAGUGCUUGCCUUUUCUUAAGGAUUUGUUGUUAAGAGCAUGUUUUUUGUUUUUUUUUUUUCAUUUAUAAAUAUCGUUUAAUACCGAUUGAAAUUUGCGAAGGGAAUUGAAUUCCCUAUGAGAAUUAUUGUUUUUUUUCCAAGUUUGUAAUUUGUAAUUUUUCUCUAUGAGCAUUAUCAUAGAAUACUUUUAUUGUACCUUUAACUAGGUUUGGCAGAGUAGCUACAGAAUCAUAUUUUUAUAGUUUGGGUUGAGUUUUUGCAAAAUUUUGUUGCUCCUAGGUUUAUUCAUUCAUUCGUUUUUUCAUUACAUGAAAUUUGAAAAUAUGUUUCUGUAUUUUACUGUUGUGUAAGAAUCGUUGACUAUUGUAUUUGUGAUAUUAGGUAAUAAUAAAUACUCUUUACAGGAGACGCAUUUUUUUGCUUUAAUUUCAAUGAACUUUAAAUAUAAAAA